ACAAAAGCAAGAAAAAUGCGUGCGCUAAUGCCAGCGCACAUAUUAAAUAUUAAAUCAAUAUUUUCUACAAUAAUCACGGUGUUACUCAUUUCUCCAAAUGUGGUUUUAUCGCGUAAACAUCACUUGGAAGUUCGCAAUGAUAUGCGUCCGUACAUUGCGUUGAGCACCUUCGGCUUUUACACAAACGGGCAUUUGGAUGUCCAGCUUAGUCAGUUGACUGUGGAUGAUGAGCAGGCAACCGAUUUGUUCGGUCUAUCUCUGGAUAAGACAACUAUUGAUCAGCUCAAUCCCUACCUGGACUCGCACCAAAACAAGUGCAUAUUAGAAGAGCCCCCAUCCAAACAAAAAAGUGGCCCAAUACUUUUUUUUCUACUCGAUCUGAAGGAGCUGAAAGUACGCGUAAAAUGCUCGCCAGAAUGGGUAAACAAACAUGUCUACAAGGAUGUCAUGUACCGUCACAAGCGCAACUCACAUCUGACUAAGGUCAGCGAUUCGGCAUUAUUUAUGCAGAAGCGUCGACGUCGGGCUGUGGUUCCAAUUGGCUCCGUGGAAGCUGAUGAUGACAUGGAUGAUCAUUCGUUUGAGGAGCCCUUGCAGCCAGAGAUGGAGGCAGCUGAGGCUGUGGCUGGUAAAAUUGACGGAGCUGCUAAGGCGGAUGUGGCAAAUGUUAAAGAUACGAUAGCAGAAGCAGCCGGUGUUAAACACAAACAGUUCUCUGUUUUGCAAACAAAGGAAGAGUUAGCCGCGAGUGCACCCUCGGCUUUAGCCGUGCCGUCCUCUGCUCGCAUGGCUGUAGUCACAGGUGGCAACAGUGAAUCACAAGUUGGCGCUGCAGGUAUUUACAGCGUUAACAUCGAUGCUAGUGCCAUGGCUGUUGCAUCAUCGACGUCACCUAGUAGUAGCAAUAAGAAGAUAAAAAAUGAUGGUGAUGCUGAAGUGCAGCCAGCAAUGCCUGUAGACAGAGCCCUCAUAACAGGCUCGGUGUCUGACUUUUACGACUCCAACUAUUACAGACAGUCGCAAGAGGAGUUAUGCAGAAAUUUCUCUCUGCCGCUCAACAAGAUAACGGUUGACGGUACCAACUACUACAACUUCACAUUUUCCAUGUUUGUAGCAACGCAGCAUGAUGAGGGACUGUAUAAUCUGUACUUCCAUGCCUGUCCCAAUUAUCAACGCCCCAAGAUCUUGUCGUUUAAUGUGGAUAUUGAGGAGAACAAUAAUGGCAACUAUUUGUCAGCUGGAGAAAUGCCGCUGCCGGCCUUGUACUGUAUGAUGAGUCUGUUAUUCUUUUUGUCCGGCCUAUUCUGGGUAUUCAUUCUGAAGAAGAGCAAGCACACCGUUUACAAGAUACACUACCUGAUGGCUGUGCUUGUGUUCUUAAAGUCGCUCUCUCUUAUGUUCCAUUCAAUCAAUUACCAUUUUAUUGAGAAACGUGGCGAGCAUGUCGAAGCAUGGGCCAUACUCUACUACAUUGCGCAUCUAUUGAAGGGUGCUGUCCUGUUUAUCACUAUUGUGCUCAUUGGUACCGGUUGGACAUUCAUCAAACAUAUACUCUCCGAUAAAGAUAAAAAGAUCUUCAUGAUUGUCAUUCCGCUCCAGGUAUUGGCCAAUGUGGCCCAAAUAAUCACAGACGAAUCAGAUCAAAGCGACGCUGAAUUCCGCACUUGGCACAAUAUUUUCUUCUUUGUGGACUUGCUCUGCUGCGGCGCUAUACUGUUUCCCAUCGUAUGGUCUAUCCGCCAUUUACAUGAGGCGUCCGCCACGGACGGAAAGGCGGCAAUUAAUCUACGCAAGCUAAAACUUUUCCGGCAAUUUUACAUUAUGAUCGUCUGUUACAUUUAUUUUACGCGCAUUAUUGUGGACUUGCUGCAGAUGACGGUCGUCUUUCAGUAUGCCUGGUUGGACGAGAUGUUUCGCGAGAUGGCCACAUAUGUGUUCUUUGUGCUUACUGGCUACAAGUUCCGUCCAGUCUCUUCACAUCCAUAUUUCACAGUGCCCGAUGACGAGGAAUACGACGAUGUUGAGGUGGUUACCGAAUCUGGUCUCACCGCAUCAGUGCAUCGUGUUAAGCCGCACAAUCGGUCAGCUCAAUCUAACACUAUAACUAUUAUCGAGGGGAAUGAUGAUGAGCGCGAGAAUCUGAUUGCGAAGCGAGAAUCAAGCCAUGAAUACGAUUAGAACUUUGGAUAAAGCUAAUCACAUAUACAUAUAUACAUGCCUACACACAUGC